GCCACACCUCAUCCAAUUCAACGCCAGUCUUUUUCGCAGAAGUUCCCGUGAUAUUGGGAUUUUCUCUUCAACGAGCGGCUUGAACCCCUCGUUCUUCAUUUUGCGCGUGGGCACCCUUCUUCGUUCCAUUCCCAUAUACGUCUCAUCUCACUACAUUCACUCUUGAUAUAUCCUCCGUCCAACGCCAACUCACCAGUUCUGUAUAUACUACUGAUGGAUCGUUCACUGCUCUUGUCGCCCGCAGACUUCCAGCCAGCCAUAGCCAUCUGACGGGCGAAGUCGACGGUGGAGUGACAACGGGUUUCGUUUCACCCAUCCUGAGCAUGGCGUCCGCGUUUCAGAAUACGUGGCAGAUUGCGCUCGACAUCGAAAAAGAGCUUCUGAAAAGCCUUGCUGAGAAAGAGCCUACAUUUACCGAAAUUUCACACUAUCUCUCUGAACUCCGCGCCUCCUGCCAGAAUGCCAUUAUCCAGGACCUCGAAGCCGCUCACUCCCUUGAUGUGGAAGGUCGCCUUUGGGAUGCGCAUCUCAAGAUUAACAAUCGGUUUCGUAAAUUAAUCUCCCGCUUCCGCGAGCAAAACGGAAAGAAGAAGAAACCAGUAGAACGACGAAAGCUCGAGAAGCAUUACCUCGAAUUCAUCAAAACAAGCCAACGGUUCUAUCGAGGGUACAUCCAGCAAUUGUCGUCACAUUUCGGGGGAAUUCCGGAGCUUGAAAAAGUUGCGCGGAAGUUCAACUUUGACAAUUUGUCUGUGGAAGAACCCACACAAUCGUCUGGAGACCUUAGAAGUCUCAUUCUGCUGUCAUGUCAUGCGACCCUUAUCCGCCUCGGCGAUCUCUCACGCUAUCGCGAAACCGAAUUGGUUGGCAAGGACCGCAAUUGGGGCCCGGCAAUCGGUUAUUAUGACCUUGCCACAGUAAUAUACCCAGCCUCCGGUACGUCACACAAUCAACUGGCUGUCAUUGCCCUUGCCGAUGGCAAUCACUUGCGGGCCACGUAUCAUCUCUACAGGGCACUAGCUGCCCAGGAACCUCAUCCAUCUGCCAAGGGCAACUUGGAAAUUGAGUUUCGAAAGGUCAGGAAUCUGUGGGCCAAGAGAGAGUUAAUUCGCCCUGAGGAUGCCGGUAUUCCUGGUAGAGCACUGGCUCCCUGGUUUGUAUAUCUUCAUGCUCAGUGUUACAAAGGCACCGAUUUUCCCGAGCAUGAUGAGCUUGAAAGCGAGGUACUGAAUCAGCUCGCCGUUGAUUUGAAGGAGCGUUCCCUAGAGGGCACCUUACAGAAGUUUUGUCUAGUCAAUAUCGCUGCAGAAGAAUUUUCCAGGACACGCUCCAAUGAAGAGUCCGUGUCAAAUGCGCGUUUGUUUUUCCAGCGUAUCAAUGUGAAGACAUUCUUUACAUUGCUUCAGAUCCUUUUAGCUGAAGUGGAGCGGUUCGCGGUCGAGGAAUCAAACAAUAGGGACGGAACGAAUGGUCCAGAUAAAAUUACCGCUGUUGCGCGGCGCGUCCUGCCUGCUCUCCGAAACUACAGUUCUUGGCUACUUACAGUCAACCAUUUACUAGUGGCAGUGGCCCAUAAAGAGGAGAAAGAGAACCCUCUUUCUGUUCAGAUAACUGAGUUUUGGAAGAUCUACGCUAACACCCUGACUCUUCUCGCAACCACAUUUGAUGUUAUUCUUCUCCCGGAGAUAGACUACCUUUUGGAAGAGGAUGAAGAGACUCUGUGUUUUGUGCCGCUAAAUAAGGGGACUACAUCACGUAGAUAUAUGGAUACAAAUGGCCUCCAAAAGCCUCGAAUGAAUGAUCCAGGGGUGGAGAGGAAUCACCCAAAUAUGGAAAUGCUUUACCGAAUCCGCGAAUUUGUAAUCGAUGGGUUGGAUCUGGUUGUGAGCAAUAAAAUCCCCAUAGCUCUGGUUGACGACGGUGACAAGAAAACAUUCAUUUACAAAGAGGAAGGGCUCCCAUCUCAAUUUUUUGCCAGCCCUUCGGGCCAUCAAAAUACCCUUUCUUCUGCAAGCAUUGGGCGAGAGGACAUUCGACAAGUAGCACAAGACCCCAGUUACAUUACCGAUUCCAGAAGCGUUUUUGGCGGCUCUCAGUCAGCAUCAAUGUCCGCCAGUAUGCACCGCAUUGUCGAAGGUGUAGAGCGCCUGGUCGAGUCGGACACUUACGAAAACACCCCAGCGUUACCAGAGCAUCUCACCUUUCCACGGAGCAACCAGCAACCCACUUCUAGCCAUAUCUUCGAUCCUAGUACGGACUCUAUAUUUCGGGAAGAGAGCAUUCCUGCUCGUCAGACCCCCAUCGCUCCUCCUGGAUUUGGUCACCCGAUGGCAAAUGCCGCAGCUCUAGCCAGGGCCCCGUCAUCCCAAUCGUACGCACCGCGACCCUCCCUUCCUGGUAUUCCCAGCAUAUGGAACACUAGCCUCUCGCCAGAAGUUGGCGAUGCAACUUCUCCCAGGACUCCGCCAGGACUUGGGCAACACCCAGUUCAACAUUCCGGUCCUUUGAUGCCAGGAAGCAUCAUCAGCCCACCCAACCACCUAUCCCAAGAUUCGGUUGUAAACGAACUCAUGCUCCGCCAGAGCCUAAUGCACCAGUCGCAGUUGCAAAGCUCACUUAGCGGACCUAGCUCUAUAUCGACGUGGAUACCGCCGUCAAAUCCUACACCACACCACCGUCUUCCCGGCUUGGGGUGGGAUAGCAGGGGACCACUAGAUGCUGCAAAUCCCCCAUCAACCCUCGGAAUACCCGGUCAGCCUCCAUCAAGUGAUUUCGGUAGUUCUUCGUGGGCGAAUGACGCGUUCCUUGCCAGUACCCUCUCCCCAGGUGCGGGUUAUCCCAGCUCCGGGUUUGGCGGCAGUCGUAGAGCUGCUACCCAUUACGGUGCCAUUGGCCAGACACCUCCAUGUCCGCAGGGUGGGUGAUGUCAAUAUAUUGGAGAUCUGAGUGUGGGAAACAAGUCUCCAAUCGUCUUUCGAGAUUGAGGUAUACACGGAAGGGAUGCGGGUGCAAGCUUUGGGUGACUGAUUCCAAUUUGUGAGCGUCGGACGUAUAGUGGAGAGAUCAUUCAGCGUCUCCCUUCGCUUUCGCCCUUAACAUCCCUUAGCUUAUCAAAUCCUGCUUUGACAGGUCAGCUGGCUUGUGCAACACAAUUCCCAUGUGGACUCGUUAGCCGUGCUGUCGUUAGAUAGCAGGUAUCAAAGACACAGCCAUGAUUUGUGGGAAAACAUUGGCAGAAGAACGGGUUCGAUGAGUGUUCUACAACUUCUUGAUGGAAAUUGUAAAGGAGGCCCUAUAUUGCAGGUUUACGCGUUCACGGAAUCGCUUUAGGUCAUAGAGGCGAAGAGUGGGGAUAAGGAUUACGAGACAUCAUCAGUUCCCCAGAUACAAUUUGGAUUAUCUCUUUCUUUUUACGUGCGAGAAAGUUAGAUCAAUGAGAAUACUCCGUUUUCAAG